CGGAGUCGGUCCAGCGACGCCGGGGUUCUAUAAGCCAUAUACGCGUGCUAAGAAGGCAAACGCUGUUUAAGGAGGCGAUGAAGACCUACUUCAGCGCCGUCGGCACCGCAUCGAGUGAGGAGGAUUCUCGUCACCUCCUUGAAAGCGGACCGGUGAUUGGGUUCCCUAUUCCGUUUGUUCUGCCUGAUGAGACAGGGCCUCGCCGCGCGUGCAACUGGCUGCGGCUGCUGCCCUUCCCCCGACGGGAUCCCGAGCCCAUCCGUUCCUUGAAGGCGCUGAAAGCUCAGUAUGAUGCGUCCAUCAGGCGGAAGGUGCCACGCUCGCAACUCAGAGCUUUGCAUCACAAGAUUGUGCUGCAAUGCCUUGAGUGGUACAACUCCAAGCAUCCGGAUGAUGAGUACGAACCUGCCCCUGGCGCUGUGAUCAGAUGCAGGGAAUAUAACGGCUCCCUUUUAUGGUCUCAUGGCAACUUUGUGGCUCGUCGGAAGCGCUCUGGCUGCUUCAACUUCCUGCCCGCUCCACGAACUCUCUUCUUUUUUGAGCUCGUUGAUAGAGACGCCAAGGGUGCCGUUGAAGUUAUCACAUGCACCCCCAUAGAUGAACCAGUUACUGAAGCCUACACUUUCCUUGGUUUUCCUCUUGGGUGGGGUACUCGUCGUCGUGGUGGAGCCGAUUGCGUUUGCAAGACAUGCUACCGUCAAUUUCAUGUUCCACAUAUUGGUCUGAAGAGGACGUGUACAUGUGGAGAUAGCAAGGUGGAGAGUGUAUGUAAAAUGUGCUACCUUGAUUCCAGUGUUCUGCAUCCAAUAAGAGGAGGAUUCGUUUUCGGCCAAGAGAGCUUUGCCAAGAUUUGUCGGUAGAGAUAACGUGACAUGCCGGUUCAAAUUCCGCAUGUAAUUUAUAUAGUUAUAAUCCUGUGAGGUCUUCGACUUUGAAUUUGGGAAC